ACCGGCUUUAAUCGAUAUUAUUAGAAACAAAUACGCGUGUAUAAUCUCUUUUCUGAUUUUCCAUAGAUUGUAAAUUGAGCACGAAAUAUUUCCGUGGAAAACAAUUCUGAUAGGAAGAAUUGAAGUCUGAAAGCGAUGAAAGUUGUUUGUGCAGCGUCAAGUUGUAAAUAUUCUUCAAAAACUGAAGAUUCAUCGAAUGUCACUUUUAUCUACUUUCCUGAGGACGACACGGCCAAAACAUGGGCGAAAAAGUGUGGCAGAUUGGAUUUAGUCAAAAAAUCGAAUAUGGAAUUGCACUUCAACUACAGUAUUUGUUCUCAUCAUAUAGAAGAUUGUUAUUAUAUGAGUAAAACUCCCAUUAUAAUAAAACAAGGUGCUAUUCCUACUCUAUUUGGGACCGAUUCAUACACUGAUAAUAAAGAUUCUAGAAAUGUAUUUGAUAAGCUGCAAACUCUUCAAGAAGCAAGCGACAAUGUAUCUCUAACAUAUUGCAACAUGAAUGCAGAAAUAAGUAAAUAUCAUGAUGCCAACUUUUCCAAUUUAUGUAGAAUGUGUGGCAAGUUGACUCUGAAUGGAGUAGAUAUUUUUUCAGCUGAAGGUACAGAGCUUAAGCUAAAAGAAAAGAUAAACUUGCACGUGCCUAUUUCAAUUCUCAUGGAUGAUGCAAUGCCACGGAAAGUUUGCAUUGAAUGUUGUAAUGAAUUAGACAAGAGACAUUUGUUCAUUGUCUUAUAUUUAAAAACUAAUAUAGAGUUAAUGAAAUUUUUAAACAUUGAGAAUAAGAUGGAAUAUGAAAAUAAGUAUAAUUCAUUAUUGAAAAAGUAUUUGUUAGAGAAAAAUGAAGAAAUAUGUGUGAAUAAUAGUAUGCAUUAUGAUUCUGCAUCAUUUACUACGAAUAAGAUUACAAAUUCUGGUUUAGAAACAGAUUUAGAAGAGUUAGAAAAUGAAGAAUGUUCUGAAACUGAACAGCCUGAUAGGAAAGAUAAUAUUCCUAAACAUGCAAUUAUAUAUAAUGCAUUACAAAAUAAAAACGACAAGAAUGUGGCAGUUAACAAUGGAUUAGAAACAGGAAAUUCUCAAAUAGUCAAUAAAAAAUGUGAAAACAAACAACUUACUGAUAAACCUGAGGUCUGUGAGUCAGUGCAACCAGUAAAUUAUCAAGUUUCCAGUCAACUAUCCAAGACUCAACAGAAUUUUGACAAAUGCGAGUCUUUGCAUGAAAAUGCUACAACAGGAGUUAAGAAAGGAUGUGGUCAUUGUGAAGGAACUUUUUUUAGUAAAAAAGAUUUAUUACAUCACAUUAAGCAAUUUCACAAAGGACAACUAUUAUUUCGAUGUUGCACAUGUAAUAAGACUUAUGAAAGAUGGUCCAGUUUAGACAUUCAUGAAGCUACUCACAGAUUAGACAAGCCAUAUCUUUGCGAUUUAUGUGGGAAGAGUUUUAAACAUUCCAACUACUUAAGAGGUCAUAGAAGAAUUCAUUUGGAGGAAUCUAAAAAGAAAAAACAUAUUUGUGAAUUCUGUAAAAAAGCAUUUAGAUCACGAUUUCAUUUAAAAGAGCAUCAAAAUCAACACAUAGACAAUAGACCAUAUACUUGUGAGUUGUGUGGGAAAGCGUUUUACAGGAGGAUUCAACUACGACAACACCAUUUGUCGCACGGAUCAAAUAAAUAUUCGUGUCCAAUUUGCGGCUUGACGUUUAAUCGCAAAGGGAAUAUGAAUAUGCACGUGAAACGACAUAACAACGGGAGUGGAGCAUAUACAUGCAGUGUCUGUGCUUGCAAGUGUAAGUCCAUGAGCGAAUUGAAGAUGCACAGAAAGAACCAUACUGAAGAAGAAAUAGUGGACAGUAUUAAGAGGAAGUCUAACGACAAGGAAAUAUGGCGAUGUAACGUUUGCAACAAAGUGUUCUCAAAACGCAUUUAUUUGGUGGCUCAUGAACACACGCACGGAAACAAUCAGAUUUACGUGGAGUGCAAAGAAUGCGGCAAAAAGUUGGCGAGCAAGAGCUCGCUAAAGUAUCAUGAGAAGUCUAUGCAUCUAAAGGAAAAAUUAUACAUGUGUCAGUAUUGCGGAGAAUCCUUAGUCUCAAAAGAGACGCAACUGAACCAUGAAAGGAAACACACUGGCGAACGUCCCUACGUUUGUAAAGUGUGCAAUGCACAUUAUAUAUCUUCGAGUAAUCUGAGCCAGCACAUGAAAACCCAUACAGGCCUAAAGCCACAUGAAUGUGGCUAUUGCGGCAAAAGAUUUUUACGUAAAGAUUCGCUAAAAGUACACGAGAGAAUCCACACUGGCGUCAAACCGUAUCCUUGCGAAAUCUGCGGCAGAUGCUUUUCGCAGAAGAAUGACAUGUUGAAGCACGUCAAGACGCACAACGGUAAAUCGUUGCAGUGCGACCAAUGUGACGAAGUUUUUAGACAGAAGAAAGACCUGUUGAAGCAUGCUGCGACACAUGAGCAAAAUAUUUCAGCGAUUCUAAGUGACGUUGACACGCAAUCGGAUAUUAUGCAACCUUGCUGAUAUCACUCUCUCCUGAGAUUGAGUGGUGGUACUAAUGGCACAUGAUCAGUCUUUUUUCUAUUCCUGACUGAUAUAGGUCUUUCAAUGGCGCAAAGUAGUGCACAUCAAAUAUUUAUGAGAAUGGAUCGAAGCUAUGAGUCAGGUAAGCAACGAUAACAAAGUUGUUUGCGUGCUUGCAGUUCACGCGUUAGGUCAACGCACAUUAUCUCUGUUAUGGAUCUCAUCGUGAAUGUAAUACCGAUGGAUAUGAUCACCGAUUCUCUUCUUUUGCAAGUUUUGAAUUUAUCGUCAAGCACAUAUCAAUCAAACUCCCGCCAAUGGACAAGGGCUGAGAUAAGAAGUCUACGCUGGAAGUGUGGAAUGGUAUGAAUGUCGCUGAUCGUCGGAAGUUCUCCAGUGACUGACACAUGCUAAACUGGCAAGAUUAUUUCAUCGCGUAUUAGGGUGGAAUAUGCGCAUUCUUGGACGGUUUAUAGCUGAUAUAGCUAAGAUCGCCAAAUUGAAGAACGGAAAAUGGAAGAUGCUGCGCUUACAGCGUCCCAGAUUGUCUUCCCGCAAAUAUUCUCCUUUAUAUAUUUGAUAUAUAAGAAUUAUAAUAUGGAGAAUUAACCCUUUACGGUCGGCAGAUUUCGAAGAGAUCGAUAAACAUUGAUGUCUGUAAGUUGAUCUAAACAUUUGAAUCUAGCAUCGGGAGGAUAGUUUUCUUUCAUUAUCGCUAGCCUCGUUCGCCGUGCCGCGCGCCAGGCGAUCAUGAAUGGCAUUAUGCCGCCAGUCUGGCGGCACCGACUUCUACGACGACUUGCGAAUGCCGCCACUGUGGCGGCAUCGACCGUAAAGGGUUAAAGAAAAAAAACUGAUAUAUAAAAUUUUAAGUUAAAAUUCCUCAGCUAUUUUUGUAGGCAUUACCGAAAUAUACGACGAACAACGCGAUUUCAACAUGGUUUCUGCUUAUGAGGAUAAAGAAUAUUUUGUAUUUUUUUUUUUUUUGGCGAUAAUUAUAUACAUCGAAAUAUAAUAUAUUUUCAAACGACUCUUCUAAUGAUAACAUUAUCUUUGUAAUUCUUACGGGAUGAUAAUCGUCCCAGGUGACGUGAAACGUGUGCCUGCGUACAACUCGGAGAAAGGGACACAUGAGAUCAGACACAAUAAAAGUCAUUGUUAUAUAUAGAAUAA